AUGCAGCAAGCUGCUAAAAAUCGCUCCAAAGCGCAGGACGAGCUGUCCAUGCGUACGGCAACGGGAUACAUGCCGGUUGAGGAUUACGGCCUCAUCGGGAACAUGCGAACCUGUGCGUUGGUUGCAACCGAUGGCGGGCUAGACUUCAUGUAUAAAGACAAAGGAGGGCACUUCACAAUCAACCCAGGGCAAGACCAGCUUUGUACGACAAAGCAGCACUACCUCCCUUCUAGCAACAUCCUGCAGACACGAUACCUCCACGAGGAUGGCGUGAUGAAUGUUGUUGACUUCUUCCCGCGACCGAACAACAAGGCCAACGAUGCUGAGUUCCACGCCAAGGUCCUUCGAGGCAAGCAAAGGGGCGAAGUGCUCAAUCCCUCCGAUGAGCGGAGCGAUUUGAAGAAGUGGUUGGUCCGUCGUGUCGAAUGCAUGAGAGAUCAGGUAGACGUCAACGUGGAAGUUUUUCCAGCUUUCAACUACGCACGCGAUAAACACACGACCGAAAUCGUGACACUGAAUGAUUGCGUCGAACAGGGUGAAGUCCGUCAUAGGGUUAUCUUCAAAUCGGACGGUCUCUCUUUGGAGCUCAAUGCCACUAUCGACUGCGGCGAAGACGAGAAAGAGUGCCCAGUUCUCAUAUUCAAGAAAACAUCAACCGACAACUCGCUUGGAGAAGGCGUCACCGCCUCGUUUCGAUUGAAGGAAGGCCAGACUGUAUCUUUUGUGCUCAGAGAUCAUACCGAUCACGAUCCUGAGCACAUCACCACAGCAGUGGUCAACGAAGUGCAACGGACCACGCAGAAAUACUGGUCUAGAUGGAUUGCGCAGAGCAAAUACCGCGGCCGGUGGGAAGGUGUAGUAACGAGGAGUCUAUUUAUCCUCAAGCUUCUGACCUACGAGCCGACUGGUGCUAUAGUCGCCGCCCCGACCUUCUCGCUGCCAGAAGAUUUUGGAGGCGCCCGAAAUUGGGAUUACCGGUUCUCCUGGGUCCGAGAUUCUUCAUUCACGAUAUAUAUCCUUCUUCGCAUGGGCUUCAAGCACGAGGCCGAUGCGUACACCUACUUCAUAUUUGAGCGGGUGGCAGAGGCGAAUGCAAGAGAGGGUGCUUUGCCGAUCAUGUUCACUAUCCGAGGAGAAACAGAUAUCCCCGAGAUCGAGCUCUCGCAUCUGGACGGCUAUCGUGCCAGCAAGCCAGUCAGGAUCGGGAACGGAGCAGCGUUCCAUACGCAGCUGGAUAUCUACGGGGAGCUAAUGGACGGCAUCUACCUCGCAAACAAGUUCGGCAAGCCUACGACGUACGACCAGUGGCUUUCGGUGCGUGAGAUCACCGACUACGUUUGCAAGAUCUGGAGGGACAAGGACAUGUCUAUCUGGGAAGUGCGCGGCGACAUGCAGAACUUUGUCUACUCCAAGAUCAUGCUGUGGGUCGCUAUCGAUCGCGCUCUGCGAUUAGCCGACAAGAGAUGCUUUCCAUGCCCCCACCGAUGGGAGUGGUACAAAGUGCGAGACGAAAUCUGCGAGGAAGUCAUGGAGAAAGGCUACAACCAUGAACUAGAGUGCUUCAUCCAGAGCUAUGAGCACAAUGACGUGCUGGAUUCGGCCGUUCUCAUCGCCCCUCUCGUCUUCUUCAUCGCUCCCACCGAUCCGAGGUUUUUGAAGACGCUCGAUCGCAUGCUGAAGCCGCCGGAGAAAGGUGGUCUGACCAGCACUGGCCUUGUAUACAGGUACAACUCGGCUUUAAGCGACGACGGAGUUGGCGGCCGCGAAGGCGCCUUUAGUAUGUGUACCUUCUGGCUUGUUGAAGCCUUGACGAGGGCCGGCGCGUACGAGCCAAAGUACCUAGAGCGAGCCGUUACCAUCUUCGAGAACAUACUGAGCUUUGGAAAUCAUCUUCACAUGUUUUCGGAAGAGAUCGCCCGCUCAGGAGAACAAUUGGGCAAUACGCCUCAGGCCUUCAGUCACCUGGCGUUGGUCUCUGCCGCAUUCAACCUGGAUAGGACGUUGGGAACCAGGUGA